CCAUUUUUAUCAUUUUCUCUCUACAAUAACAUAGUACUCCUCCAUUACUUCUAAACUUGAUGUCAACAUUCAGUCUGUUGAAGAAAAAAAUGUCACUGUUUAGACAAUCCAUACGAGGCAUAACAUUUAUCCAACACUUUUCUUCACAUUCAUCAAAUGUGAACAAUUAUUAUCUUCGUCAAAAAAGAAAAUGGCCACAUUCACCUUACAAAACCAAAUAUCAAGAUCGAGAAACCUUCACUCAUCAAUUAGCCAUGCAAAAAUUAAUACAAUCAACAAAAAACAUAUCCCCUAAGACUAAUCUUUUAGCAAUUCUUAUUGACUCUUUUUCUUCAUAUAAAUGCAACCCAACUCCGAAUGCAUACUUUUUUAUCCUCAAAACACUUACCAAGAACCCCACCACAUGGGAUCAAAUCCCUCAUAUUCUUGAUCAUAUUCAUAAAGUUGAAAACUUUAACGCACCUGAAUAUAUAUUCACUUAUUUAAUUAAGUUUUAUGGGGUUUCUAACAAGACCAAUUUGGCAUUUGAGUUGUUUUUUACUAUGCCAUGUUUUAGAUGUAACCCAAGUGUGAAAUCUUUAAAUGUUUUGGUUUGGGUUAUUUUUAAAAACAAUUAUGAUUUGAGAUUUGUGCUGUUAGUUUUGGUUAAGUGUCAGUUAAUGAACGUUUGGGUUGAAGAAUCAACAUUCAAGAUUUUGAUUAAGGAACUUUGUAGGAUUGGAAAGGUGAAAAAUUGUGUUGAUUUAUUGAAUUUAAUGGUGGAUAGUGGGUUAAAUCUUGAUGAAAGUAUUUGUUCUUUGAUUUUAUGCACAAUGAGUGGACUAAAAGUGUGUGAUGGGAUUGAUAUUUGGGGUGUUUUGGAAGAAAUGAGGAAGUUAGGGUAUAUUCCAAAAAGGGUUGAUUUAUGUAAUGUGAUUAGAUUCUAUGUGAAAAAUGGAAAAGGGGUUGAUGGUUUAUUGGUGUUAAAUAAGAUGAAAAUGAGUGGAAUAAUGGUGCCUGAUAUUGUAUGUUAUAAUUUGGUUUUGAAUGGACUGAUUCUUGAAGGGGAGUGGAAUUAUGCAGAUGAAGUGUUUGAUGAAUUGCUUGUGUCAGGUUUGGUACCUGAUAUUGUUACUUAUAAUGUGUAUAUUAAUGGUUUGUGUAAGCAGAAUAAAGUUGAUGAGGCAUUAAGAAUGAUUGGUUGUAUGGAGGAUUUGGGUUGUAAACCUGAAACGAACACUUAUUACACAAUACUCGAGGCUCUGUGUAGGAGUAAUGAGAUGUUAUCGUCUGCUAAAGAAUUUUUCGGGCAAAUAAAAUUAAAGGGUUUGCAACUCAAUGCACCUAUGUAUGGGAUUAUGAUUAACUGCAUGAUUAGAAAUGGUGAAGUUGACGAAGCGUAUAAUAUGCUACAGGAGAUGGUUGGCAUGGGGUUUGUUCCUCAGUCAGUUACAUUUGAUGGAUUAAUUUAUUGUUUGUGCGAAAGGGGUUUGUUAUCUGAGGUUAUGGAAUUGCUAAGCAUAAUGGUCGCCAAGAACGUUGUACCUGGAAUUGGAUCAUGGGAAGCAUUAGUUCAAGCAUUAUCUAAUUCUGCAAAAGAGGAUUCCUCAAAGUGAGGAACAAAGAAAUCUAAAAGUAGAAGUAGAAGUUGCUUCCGAAACGAAAGGGACCAACGAUUUUUUCGUGUUGUCAAAGAUUUGAAUAAAGAAAAUAGAUUGCCUAAUUGAAUUGAUUAGAUCGUGUAGGAAUGAUUGGACACAGGUUGGUUGCUUAAGAAUCGCCGUUGACUUGGAAAAAAAGUUGAAAGUUCUGCAAGACCAUUAUAUUGUUUGUACUUGCAUUGCUGCAUCCCACCAUGAAAUGGUAUGCAACUAUGCAUGAUGGAGGAGAAGGCAUGCCGUGACUGUAAUUUUAUGUAACAUAUACGUUGUACUAAAAGAUGAAGUUGCUCAUGGUCUAGCAACCUUGUCCAACUUCAAUCCCCUGAAAUAUUUCUAUGUAUAUAUUUUCAGAAUUUUCCCCACAUGAUACAGUUCUAGUUU